UGUAAUUUGCGCAAGAGACUGCUUGGUUAAGACACAGCACGUACAACGAUCUGGGAAAUAUUUCGACAUUAACUCGACCAGCCUCGUGAGGCCCACUCGCUUCAUAUCAUUAUCGAGACAUGCAGAAGCAGUAAAGAAAUUUUAUUGAAACACUAUGUUGAAAUUUCUGUGAGAAAAAAGUGUGUUAAACGGUUCUGGUGAAUAUGAAGGCUAAGGUUACAAUGAACGUUCUAUAUUUAAAACUGACUGAGUGAAGAAAUGAUGAGUGUGCCGUUCCAUAUUCAAAAAAAUUGUUGAAAUUUCUGUGAGAAAAAAGUGUGUUAAACGGUUCUCGUGAAUAUGAAGGCUAAGGUUACAAUGAACAUUCCAUAUUUAAAACUGACUGAGUGAAGAAACGAUGAGUGUUCCAUUCCAUAUUCAAAAAAAUGAAGUGAAUGGAAUUGUGAAUAAAAUUCAAUCGAAUAGCGCUUUUUUUGGAUUGGACAAGAUAAGUAAUUUCUUUUUGAAAUAAAGGUUACAUUCUUUCCUUUUGAGGUUACGGUUGUACGGAACCCUUAAAAAUGAUGCGAACUUUUGUUAUUUAUAGCAUGCUGUUAUGUGUUUUGGUGCAUAAGUCAGAGUGUGUGUUUGGUACUUUUACCAGAGUCGUGGAGACGAGUUACGGCAAGGUUAGAGGUAGGAGGAGCGUCUCUGGACAGAACCUGUUCUAUGGAAUACCAUACGCGACCAGCGAAAGAUUCCAACCACCGAAAGAGCCUGCAUCCUGGAACGGGAUCUUCGACGCCGUGAGACGAUUCGGGUCAUGUUCGCAGACAGUUUCCCUACUCAGACUGGGCUCUGAGGAUUGCCUGAGCUUAGACCUGUAUGUUCCUGAGCGAGCGAAGCCCGGGGACAAGAUUCCAGUCCUGGUGUUCCUCCACGGAGGCGCCUACUACUACGGCAGCAAAUUACACUACGAUCCAGAAUUCCUGGUCACUAAAAACGUUAUCACGGCCAUUAUCAACUACAGAGUCGGCGCCCUUGGCUUCCUCUGCCUAAACGGUAUCGCCAACCUUGGGCUAAAGGACCAAGUCGCAGCCUUGAAGUGGAUAAAGAAGAAUAUCGCAGCCUUCGGAGGAGAUCCAGACAAUGUGACUAUGUCAGGCCAAAGCGCAGGAGCAAGCGCCGCAGCCAUGCACAUGCUCUCUGAAUCCAGCAAAGGGUUGUUCCACAAACUGCUCCUCAUGAGUGGAUCACCUUUAACACCGUGGGCGUUCAACACGGAACCUCAAACGCCCGCGUUUCAAGACGCAAGGAAGCUAACUCGGGCAUCAUCAGAGAAAGAGGUGCAUGAUUUCUUCGCAUACGCUUCUGUCGACGAAGUGCUCACGGUGGCGAGCGACACUUCCCUAAAUCCGAGAUAUUUCAAAUACAGCCCUUGCGUAGACAGCAACUCCUCGGAACCAUUCUUCAAGGAUACACCGUUUAACUUGAUAAAGUCUGGUCGUUUCAACAAGGUGCCAAUCUUGACGGGAGUCACUAGCGUCGAGGGCUUGUUAUUCUACGGGUUGAAUAGCGAGAAAACGUUGCAAGAACUCGAUGAACAAUUCGUAGAGCGGCUCCCCUUCGUGUUCUCCUGGUGUUCUGAAAAGGAUAAGCGAGAAAUCGCUAAUGAAAUGCGCUCCCAGUACUUUGGAUCGGAGCCUAUAAGGAGAGCGCAGUACAGACGCAUUAUAGACUUUUACUCCGAUUGGAUAGCAUACUCGACGUCGCAAGCUUUUGUGGAUUUAAUGGUGAAGUCUUCCGACCAGCCGGUGUACUCUUACUUGUUUCAUUAUGAAGGGGACAGAAAUUUCGCGAAAUCGCUGCUUGGUCAAGGUCUGGAGGUGGAAGGGGCCUCGCAUUCUGAUGACAUCUUCUACGUGUUCAAGCCGGCAGGGCUGUCGCUGAUACUGUCCAGCAGGGACCGGCUGUUCAUAGACCGCCUCACCACGAUGAUCACCAACUUCAUGAAAUACGGGAACCCAACGCCAAAGAAGAGUCAUCUGUUGCCCGUGAUAUGGCCACCCGCCAACUCUUCGAUGACGAUGCGUCUGGACGAGCACCUGUCCAUCAUCAAGGCUGAACCGUCCACCCACCAGCAGUUCUACCUCAACCUGCUGUGCACCUACGGCCAGCCAGGGUACGUGCCCUGUGAGAGCGCACGAAAAUGCAACAACUCCAGUGACAGUAGUUAGAAUAUUACAUACCACUAGUCUGAGUGUUCAAUACAGAAUUAAGAGAUAGGAGACUUAUGCCGGAUUCAUAUUUGUCUGACGUGUUGUUUUGUGCUUGUGACGCAUCAGUUCGGUACCCUUAACACGAACCAAUAUCGAAAUCGAAUAGUAUGCGAAUGCAAAAAAAAAAUUAAAAUAAAUAAAAGUCAAAAAGAAAUUGUAGUAAAAUAAAUUAAAUAAUUUUAAUUAAUUAAUUAAAGUAAGGUAAAUUUUUGAAGUUAUACUUCUUUAGGCGCGUUAUGAAAAAAUGAUGAGAGUGAAAUUUUUAGAUGCGCGCG